GAGGGAAGUUUCCGAUCUUGAAAUGUCUCUAGUUUGAAACAGGCUAACGGUACAUGUAUUAGACUCAGCUUUAUCAAGAAUCAUGUCCCUGCUGCAGUGUGUCUGCAGAUCAACAUGCAGUGGAGAAGACACAUCGCGGGGCUCGCUUUCAGUAUAGUUUUUGUUGUAUCAUAUUUCACUAAUAAGUUUGUCCUGUCAGUGUUAAAUUUCACCUAUCCAACCUUAUUUCAAGGAUGGCAGACAUUUAUUGGAGCUACCCUGCUUCUUCUCUCUGGGAAGUUUGGAUGGGUGGAAAUGAGCCACAUCUCCAGAUCAGCAGCUCUUUCCUGGCUUCCUGGCUCUCUCCUGUUUGUGGGAAACAUAUAUGCUGGUUCCAGGGCCUUAUCACGCAUAGACAUUCCUUUUUUCUUCACCCUUCAGAAUUCAUCUCAUGCUGUUAGUUACAUAAUCUUGAAGGCCGUCCAUAGAGAGAAGAUGCAAUGGCUGAAAUUAAUAAGCAUAAGCUUCAUGCUGCUCUCAGCUAUCAACCUCCCCCUCCAUGAUCCUCAGUUUGACUACAAUGGUUAUCUUUGGGCUGUUUGUCAUCUGCUCUGUGUCGGUGCAUACAGGGCGUUUCAAGUUCACUAUAAAGCCAGUAAUUUAAGUGACAUUGAACAACAGUGCAUUAACUACUUGUUCAGUGUUCUGCUGCUGGCCAUUGCUGCCCACCCAACAGGUGACCUCAUGGGUGCCUUGGAGUUCCCCUCCCUUCAGUCCCAUACUUUUCACUGUGGUUGCUGUGCCAGUGCACUGCUGGGGUUUUUGUUGCUGUUGGCCACAGUCAAACUAAAAAGUGGAUUGUCCCUCGAGCACUUCGGGGUCUGGAUAUUUCUGGCUAAGGUUACUGCGAUAUCCCUCUCCCCAUUUAUGUUUGACAUGGACAUUAGUAUUCCGUCUCUUCUUUGGUUCCAUGGUAAUGCCCGCUUGGUGAUUUUCAAUGUUUUUAAGUGCGUGGCUCCACUUACUUCUCCUAAUUUGAAGUUGUAUGGCUUCUUGCUGGGUGCACUCCCAUAGGCUGGUGUUUGCGAUGGUGUGCCAGUAGAUUCCCAGGUGGCAUCGGAGGCAGUGUCUGAUGAAUUUCUGUAGUUUGUUGAGUAUUUUGGUAGUAACUUUCCACAAUUUUAGUUUUCCACAUAUUACUUAGUGUGUUGACUCUUGUUCUUGCCUUUCCUAUUCUGGCUUUGACAUCUUCUCUGUUCCUCUGUCCACAGUAAAUAUGCUCCCAAGGUAUGUAAAGCUGUCUAACUCUUACUAGUUUAUGUGCUUUGUACUGCAUCUUAUGGUGAAUGUGUGCAAGUAGUGCUAUAACAUCAGCAAAAUGUAGAUCCUUUAGUUGUUUGUCCAGGCUCCAUUGAAUGCUGGUUCUGUUGUUGUUGAUUACUUGGUAUAUGAUCGGGUCCAUGCAGAGGAGGAAGACUGAGGGCGAGGGCAAACAUUCCUGUUGCAUGCCAGUCAGAACCUCAAAGGCUUCUCGUGGGCAUCUGUUACGAGGGAACUCAACACUGAGUCUCUUAGAGGGUGCUCUUGACAAUACAGAUGAACUUUGGUGGGAUGCUUUAGUGUGGAAUCAGUUUCCAAAAUGUCUCAGUUAACAAUGUCAAAGGUCAUUUAAAAUUAAUGAAACUGGCAUGGAGGGUGGCAAUUUGGUCUUCAUAAGUAAGGGUCUAUGAAAUAUGUCGUAAUUUUCUUCAGAGUCCAUGUUUUCGGUUUUAAUGUUUCUGGGUUCCGUUUUAUGAUUUAGGCAUGUCUUGUUAUCAUUAAGUGUCAAAUCUUAUGACUAUAAUGGUAGGGAAAAACCUUGAUUUUUAUAACUUAGAUCCACAUUUUGGCAAAUUCCUGGAUGUUCUAUGUUUUACAGAGAAAACGAGAAAAACCCACAUGAUGGUAAACAGUUGUCAGUCAGUUUGUUUUUGUCCUCAGUCUUCCAUCCACUGCUUUCUGAAGCCACUCCAUUUGAAUAUAGUCGAGCACCUGCCCUCAUAUUGAGAGCAGCAUUAUUCCCUUGAAGUUUCUGCACUCCUUUUUGGUCUCCUCUCUUGGGAAUCUUCACGAUUUCAUGUCCACAGUCCGACGGGACUUCAUUUACCUUCUAGAUAGCCUUCGUGAGAUGGUGAAGCAUACUUAAAAUUUCAGUGUAUAAAAUUGAACUGUAUUGAUCUUUGGGUUUAUGGGUUCCCAGCUGAUGAGGGUUUGUGGCGUCUUUGGAUAGCAUGAACCCUACUCCUUCAAGUGUGGUUUUCCAGGCCCAGUACCUCCUCAUCUCCUCUAUUACUGCCAUCUUUCCUCUUGUAUCCAUGAUAUUGGUGUUUUGUGUUGCAAUGUUGGUAGGUCAUCUUGGCGUCAGAAGAUUUAGAUACACCGUCUGCUUGUGUAUUUUUGUAUUCAUCAUCAUUUUCUCUUUAGCUUGGGAAAUUGAAGAGUCUUCCGUCCCAUGACUUUGGUAUUGUUUGGUUUUUAUCAGUGUUUCCGUAGCAUAUGUUUCUUACUGGUUGGAGUUGCUAACCCCCCAAACACAAUAUUCCACCAUUUUUGAUGUGUUUCUUAGUUGUUUUUUUACCCCCUCCCUUGGCCACUAAUCUUCAUGAUAAUGGAUUACAAUAUCACACCAAAUGGGGAAAGACAGUCUAAGGUUUAUGGACAAACUGUCUUGGUACUGAAAAAUAUGAAUAAUAUAAUGGACGAUCAACGAAUGUCAGCUCUUCUAGGUUCUAUGUGUUUUUCCUUAUUAUUUUACACCGGUACUACAGGGGUCAUUAUCCAUAAACCAUGAAUGAAUAGUACAUUUUGUUUCCUUGUGUUUGGUUUCAGUGUGGUCAUCAGUCAUGUUGGAGAGGCCCUGCUGGUGUACUCUCAGAGAGACUCACAGCUGUGACGAGGAAAUUGCAGCUCG